UGCAUGUCGUCUUCGUGCUCCAACUCUCCAACAACCCAAAACGCCUCUCUCUCUCUCUCUGCAGAACUCCAACUCCUUUUUCCGUUCUCUCUCGAUCGUCCGAUCUCGAUCCGACGGUAGAUAAGCGAUGGGAAGGAGGAGAGCGACGAGGGACCCAGUGAAUGUACUGUUCGGAUGGGUCAGGAGGCAAUCCGUGAAGGUGAAGACGUUCCUGGCCGUUGUUUCGGUGCUCUGCUCGCUGAUCGCCCUCAAAUUCCUGGUGCGGGACCAGGGACACUUCUUUGUGGCCUCAGAAGCCAUCCACGCCGCUGGAAUCAUCGUCCUCAUAUACAAGCUCACCAGGCAAAAGACAUGCUCCGGUCUUUCUCUAAAGUCUCAAGAGCUCACUGCUAUAUUCCUAGCUGCAAGACUAUAUUGCAGUUUUGUCAUGGAAAAUGACAUUCAUACAUUGCUUGACUUUGCGACACUCAUCUCAACACUUUGGGUUAUAUAUAUGAUACGAUUCAAGCUGAAGGGGAGCUACAUCGAGGAACUAGACAACAUGCCGAUAUACUAUAUGGUUGUUCCUUCUGCUGUUCUUGCCCUGAUCAUCCAUCCUUGGACUAGCCAUUUCAUACUCCACAGAAUCCUUUGGGCUUUCUGCGUGUACUUGGAAUCUGUAUCGGUGCUGCCUCAGCUUCGAAUGAUGCAAAAUGCAAAGAUGGUUGAACCAUUUACAUCUCAUUACGUAUUUGCAUUAGGCGUUGCAAGAUUUUUGGGCUGCGCUCAUUGGAUCAUCCAGGUCAUAGAUACUCGCGGUCAGUAUCUGUUCCAAUUCGGAAGUGGGUACUUGUGGCUACCGAUGGUCCUCCUUGCUGAAAUCGUCCAGACAUUUAUUUUGGCUGACUUCUGUUACUACUAUGUCAAGAGUGUCGUCGAUGGCCAGCUGUUGAUCAGGCUGCCGCCUGUGUAGUAAGUCCCAAACACAGUUGCAAUAGGUACAGUUAAUCAAUCUUAGUCUAUUACUGCUGGCCUCAAAAGCUUAAUAUCUGUAGUCCCAUGCAUUGCUUUGUCUUGUUUGAAUAAAACCAUUUCUUUGGUGCACUUUCU